AAUUUAUCAUGGAGGAAGUUGCAACGUUGCCGCUUUGCCUUCUUCCCCAUGCCAACCAUUUUGUUCUCUCAUUCACUUCUUCUGUUGGUGUGCCAGGAGUGGAGUCGGCACCAUGAGCAACCUACGUCUCCAGAAGAGGCUCUCUGCCUCAGUUAUGAAAUGUGGCAAACGAAAAGUUUGGCUUGACCCCAACGAAGUUAAUGAAAUAGCAAAUGCUAAUUCAAGACAAAACAUUCGUAAAUUGAUCAAGGAUGGUUUGAUCAUCAAGAAACCAGUUGCUGUUCAUUCUAGAGCACGUGUCCGUAAGAACACUGAAGCACGCCGUAAGGGAAGACAUUGUGGCUUCGGUAAGAGGAAAGGUACUGCAAACGCGCGUAUGCCUCAAAAGCUCCUCUGGAUUCGUCGUAUGCGAGUGUUGCGUCGUCUCCUUAAACGAUACAGGGAAGCCAAGAAAAUCGAUCGGCAUUUGUACCAUAACUUGUACAUGAAGUCAAAGGGUAAUGUCUUCAAGAACAAGCGUGUAUUGAUGGAGUUUAUCCACAAGAAGAAGGCAGAGAAGGCCCGCAGCAAGAUGUUGAGUGAUCAAGCUGAAGCUAGACGGUUGAAGGUGAAGGAAGCUCGCAAACGACGAGAAGACCGCAUUGUUCAGAAGAAACAAGAGCUGAUCAAGGCCUUCCAAAAAGAGGAAGAGAGCAAGAAGUGAAGCUGAACUGUUCAAUUGUUGAAUCUGCCAUAUGAUUGUCUGUUAACAUGGAUGUAUGUCUAAUGUCGGAUAACAAUACAGUUGGUUUCCUUUA